GAGGAGGAGGUAUCGUCAGUCGUCGCUACGCAGUUUUCGCCGCAAAGUGGUUUCAUCAACGAGGAUUUGAAUCGGCCACAGGAUAUCAAUGAGGAUUUUGAACCGGCAGGCUUAGCGGUGUGCGUGCGUUGAAUUGUGUUGAAAUUGUGUGUGGUAGUGAUUUGUCCUGCGAAGGAUAGAAAAGGCAUAAACGAGGAGUAAAGCACGUGGGGUGGUUGGGUGUGCGGGGUUGUGCUAGUAUUGUGUGUUUUCCCUCGCUUGCUAUCCUUUCUGCGUGCGCCUUUACGUGUUGAUUAAGUGUGAAGGAAAAGAAACCAAACGCACCAGCACCAGAUAAGAAGGAUGGUGUGAAGUGCAUCAAGUGACGCAAUUCGAAAGGAAUACGAAACGUGGUCUUAUGCUGCUCCAUUUCCGUUACUGCCUUCGUUUGGAAUAUUUGAAGAAGUGUGUGUUGUGCGGUGGCAUUAGCAAACGCAGGUUCCAACACCGUGGUGCUGGUGCUAUGAUUCUAGUGUAUCCGGUUGAGGGAAAAGUUAGUUGAAGAAGAAGAAGUACAAACUUGCCAAAAUACCAACCCACCGUCACCGUCGUCGUCAUCAUCAUCAUCAUCAUGCUACGGUUGCUUCCGAUUCUGGUGGCUCUUGUGGCCGGCAACGUUUGCGAGUCGUCUGCCGCCGUUGUUAGUGCGACCUUGGCAACAAACGAAGUACAUCUUCCCGAGGAUUCUACUCUCCAGCGCCAUCCACAUUCCAAGGCCGAUACGACGCCCGUAACGUUCGAGUUCGAGCAUGGCCAGAGCGAACUGGCUGCAAGGCGUUAUGUAGCGUCCAUGACUGAUUCGGAUAUUGAACAUCGGGAGAGUUGGUGCUAUAGCGCGCCUUGCAACGCUUCCGUUUUGCAUUAUUGCAGCUCGAGCAUGUUCCUCAACGAUCACUGCUGCUGUGAGCAGCACCACACCAAAGAACAAUUGCCAUGGAUACCUCACACCUGCCUGCUCCGGCCGGGCGAGAGGUGCGUCGCAAACGCCGGAUCCUGUAGCAACUAUCGGACGAUCAAAGUGUGCUGCUGUGAUCAGCUAACGAAGCGCGAAUAUAAGCAAAAAUUCUCAUCGGCUGUAAGCAACGGUGCGUUUCAUUUCGUGAAACUCACGCUGCUCGUAGGAGUACUUAUCACGGCUGGGCAAUACUGCAUCAUGUGAGAUGGACAGCGGUGGUAGCGGAUCGGCAACCAAUACAUCAUAUACAAGUGGCCUUAGUGACACCGUGAAUCAUGGGAGUUUGUAUAAACAAAACUCCUUGCCUUAUGUUUCAAUUUAUGUAGUGCGCAAAGUUCCAAUUUGGUUGACGUGGCGCUCUAUAGUCAGGAUAACGUUAUCAUUCCGAUUUGCUUCUAGAAAGAACGUUAAGGAACUGCGUCUCACAUCACAUGAAUUUUUUAAGUUUUUGCUAGACUAUUGCUUUAGUUCCUACUUGUUUAGUGAAAUGUUUGUUUGUUGCUUGCUUGCCAGUUAAGUUAUAGCUCGGCAAGGCAUCUCAUUUAUCAUUGGUUUUUAUGUUAGGUUUUUGGUCUUAUAAAGAAAUGCUGUGAGCAAAAUUCCCUUUUUUUGCGCUGUAAGAUGAUUUUUUGGGUGUAUAAGUCACUAAACGAAACCGAGGCAUGCUAUCGAUAUUUAAAAUUCACUCCAUUUCAUUUUGUUUAAGUCUAGCAUUUCUCCAGAUGCUAUAACGAUAAACUAUACUAUGAUUGAAAAGGAAACAUCUCAAAGUGUCUCAUUUAAUGAUAGCAACGACAAAAGCAUUGUCCAUUACAUUCAGCUUAAAAAAGAAGGAAAGGUUAUCAUUUUCAUUCUACGCCAAAUAGUUACCAAACGAUAAUGAAAUUUGGAACCAUUGAUAACGAUAAUUAUGCGUGUAGGGAAUAAAAUAGCUAAAAUACUGAGCAUAACGGAGGUAAAAGAAGAAAUAACAGAUGGAAAGCUGUAUGAAUUUCACUGUGAAAACUACAUUGGCCAUUAUAGGAAUGAAAUCUACAAGCUAAGAAGUAUGACCAACUCCUCGUCAUUUAAUCAAAAGACAAUUCGUCAAGCGGCCAUAGAACGGAUUAACGGAUGGAAAGGAAUACGAACUAAAAAUUUCAGAACAGAUAUUUACAACAGAUUAGCUAAGAAAUGUAUAAAACUAUCUUCUAUAUUUCGUGUAAAGGACAAUAUGUGACGCAUCCGGCUAUUUUGACGGCAUGCGAACACUAAAGCUACGAUAUAAUAGGAAGAUGUUUGUGGAAUAAGAUGGAUAAUAAAAGGAAGAGAA